AUGGAAAAGCUAGAUUAUUUUGGAAGAGAUAUACAAAUAAGAUUCAAAGGUUUAAAAAGCCAUAGGACUAAAUGUGGCACUUUAUUAACUUUUAUUCUUAUUGCUCUAAUUUUGAUAAGAAUAUGUUAUUGGCUUAAUGACUUCAUAACAGGUAAUAAUCCUUCUUUUCUUUAUCAAGAGAGAUAAGUCAAAAGUCCAAAGAGAUUUUAAAUAACUCCAGAAACCUUUAGCCUAAUUUUUGGGGUUUUGGAUGUUAACAACAAUUAUGUUUUUGAUCCAGAAAUAGUUACAGUUGAGUCUGUGCUUGAACUUAAAACAACCACUUUCAACGAGACUACUCAAUCUUACUAGGAUAAUUGGUCAACUACUUUAAUUCCCUUAGAGAUAUGCACGUAGGAUCUGAUUGUAAGCGAUCCUGUAUUGUAAAGUGAAUUUUCUUACCUGAGUUCCCAUUAUUGUUUUCCUAAGAAUUUUACACUGUUCAUAGAAGGUGAAUACCAUUCAGAUAGCUUUGCUUAGAUUUAUUUCUAUAUUAAAAGAUGUAGAGGUUCUAACUGCAAAUCAGAUUCUAUUUUAGAUAAUUUUUUUAGUCAUUUUUAUGGUGAAGUAAUUUUUACUGACGUUUAUGUUAGCCCUGAAAACAAAAAAAAUCCCUUUACUAAGUAUGUAAGAGAUAAUUUUUGGGAAGCUGGUUAUAAUUUUCCUUAAAAGGUUUUCAUGGAAAUGAGGAAUAAUUAUAUUGAGAGUGAUUUCGGUUUUUUCACCUCAAAUGUUUAAACUGAUAUCUAUCCUUCUUACAGUCAAAUGUAUCAAAUGAUGACUUCACUAACUGAUGAUAUUUACAGCACCUUUGUAUUUCGAUUUGAAAAGAAAAAAGAAAAUUUGUAUAAGAGAUCAUAUAAAAAUUUUUUAUCAACAGUCUCAGAUUUAGGAGGAUUAUUACAAGUUUUAACAACUGUGGGAAUCCUUUCAAGCUUUUUCUUUACUCAAACACAUUUAAAUUAAGAACUGAUUAACAAUACAUUUACAUUUAAAGAAUGCAAAAAUAAAUAAGAAACAAAAAGCAACUAAAGAUAAUCUAUCUAUAAAGAUUAAAAAAAAAAAUCUGUUUGCUCAUCAAUUUCAAAAAACACUUAAAGUCAAAAUUCAAAAAUUUAAAGUACAAAUUAGACUUUAAAUGUUCCAAGAUAAAGAUCACUUUCAAACAACUCAUCAAUAUAAAAUUUUAAGUCGAGAUUCAGAAGUUCUGAUAAAGAAAAUUCAAGUGAGAAGCUAGAAGCUCUAGAUUCACCUUCUAAAAGAAUCAGAUAAAUAAUAAGUUAUCAUUUGUAACUCCAAAAAAAUGCAGAAAUGAAUGUGAAACAAAAAGAAGGAAGCCAUAAUAAAAAUGAAAAAAUAGGUAAUAAAAAGAAUAUUGAUUAAAAAAAAUAAAACCCAACAAUCCUUUUAGAAGAAACUAUAAAUAAAGAUUCAAAUUCAAUGAAAUUCAAUAUAUUUUAAUAUUUAAAAUCUCUUUGCUUGAGGUAUGGUGACUUGUAAAGAAAAAGAGUGAUUUACGAUUACAGUAUAAAAUAACUUUAUCACUACAUUGAUAUUCAAUUGAUUAUUAAUAAAUUGAUUGAAUUUGAUAAAUUAAAGCGUAUUGUUUUAGAUGAUGAUUAAUUAUUAUUAUUCGAAUAUCUCCCAAAACCAUCAAUCUUAUAUUCUUUUAAAGGAAAUUCUGUUGAAUUCCAUGAUAAUUAAAGCUUUACAAUUUCCAAAAAAUCUAAGAAUGAAUUAGAUAAUAUAUAGAAAGCAAUUUAAUCAUUCAAAAAUUUGUUAAAUAAACCAUUCAAGCAUUAAAAGGAUGUUAGAAUCUUAAAGUAUUUAGAUUUAACUUAUAAAUAAAUAUUCGAGGAGGAGUCAUAAUAAUCACAGAUAUCUUAAGAUAGACCUUAGGAGAAGAAGAGUAUGGAAGAAGAGAUAGAUAAUCAAAUUAAGAACUCUUAAUAAUAAUAAGAUUUUGAUGAAAUAAAUUAAGAUUUUUUUGUGGAAGAUAAUUAAAACGAAAGUAAUAUAGAAGAAAAUUUAAAAUUUUACAAUUCAGCCUACAAAUAAUCCCCUCAAAUGAUUCAUUCAGUUUUAAAACAAUAAAACUUGAACAACUUCUCUCUUGACAUAAGAACAGAUAAUAAUCAAUAUUGA